AUGUAUUUUCUUCAGAUGGCCGACCUGCAACUCAGCAAGCUGGACGAGCUGGACUGUCUGAUCCGCGGCGUGCUCUACAUCGACGCGGUGGUGUCCAGCGGCCCGUCCGAGUGCUACUACUUCGAGAACCCCGCCGAGCCGGAGGGCUGCGUCCAGAGGCCGUACACCCUGGAGAACCCUUACCCCCUGCUGCUGGUCAACAUCGGCUCCGGCGUCAGCAUCCUGGCCGUCUACUCUGAGAGCGACUACAAGCGUGUCACCGGGACCAGCCUUGGGGGAGGAACCUUCCUGGGUCUGUGCUGCCUCUUGACGGGAUGCUCCACCUUUGAGGAAGCUCUGCAAAUGGCGUCGCAGGGCGAGAGCACCCGCGUGGACAAGCUGGUGCGGGACAUCUACGGAGGAGACUACGAACGCUUUGGACUGCCAGGAUGGGCGGUGGCCUCCAGUUUCGGCAACAUGAUGUCCAAAGACAAGCGGGAGUCCGUGUCCAAGGAGGACCUGGCCCGAGCGACGCUGGUCACCAUCACCAACAACAUCGGCUCCAUCACCAGGAUGUGCGCGCUCAACGAGAACAUCGAGCGCGUGGUGUUUGUGGGGAACUUCCUGAGAGUCAACACGCUCUCCAUGAAGCUGCUGGCCUACGCCAUGGACUACUGGUCCAAAGGUCAACUCAAGGCUCUCUUCCUGCGCCACGAGGGUUACUUUGGAGCCGUGGGAGCACUUCUGGAGCUGCUGCAUCCGUCCUGAGGCAUCUGGAAGAAGGUCCUCCAACCAGCACUUUACUCCUUAUGGUCCACAGUCAUGAGGGAAAAGGUGACCCACGUCCCGCUCCCUGGCAGGGGUGUCCAAACGUUUCCCAGCCAGAAGCACGAGGUCCACGUUGAUGCAAUUUGUAUAUUAAAGAUGCUAAAAGGAAUCCACUGUAGGUGGAAAUAUGCUAAGUUAUUACAGGUGGCAAUGCACAUGAAUGUAAUAUCAUGGCGCUAAUCAUUCAUUAGAUUUUUACCCAAACUUGUCUCACUCGUUAGUGCUGCAUAAUUAUAGUUUUUAACAUGUUAUUAAUCAUAACUACUAUGUCAACAUCUCCCCAAACCUGUCCUAUACGUUUGUGCUGCAAAAAAAGCUAAACUAUUAUAGUUAUAAUAAUAAUAAUAAGAGAUUUUAUUUGUAAAAAUCACUUUACAUUGAGCAAACAACCUCAAAGUGCUACAGUGUAUAAAAAAAAUAAAAAUAAAAACUAGAACAGCCUUAUAGCUAGAACUAGUAUGCAUAUAUCUAAAAAAAAAAGUUUUUUUUAAAAAGAAGGGUUUUUAAGCCUUUUUUUUUUUUUUUUUUUUUUUUUUUAAGCAUCCACAGUCUGUGGUGCCCUCAGGUGGUCAGGGAGAGCAUUCCACGGACUGUUAAAUUUGUAUUCAUAACCAACUCCAUAAAACAUUGAAUGACUUAAAAACUAUAAUAGUUUGACCAAAAAUGUUGGCAGCACAAAGUUGUGAUUGCUACCACAAUAAUUACACAUUAGUACCGUAAAAUAGUAACCUAAAAAAAGUAAAAGCACAAAUGGAAAAAAUUUUGCAGCACAAACGAAUGGGAUAAGAAGAUUUAAAAAAAUGUUAACUUAAAAACCGUAACGGCAAAAAAGAAGUUUUUUCCAGCACAAAUGAAUAGGACAAGUUGGGGAGUUAUUGGCAUAGUAGGUGUCUAGUUAUGAUUAAUACCACGUUAAUUACACGUUAAUACCAUAAAACGUUAACUUAAAAACCGUAAAAGUGCAAAUGAAAAUUUUUGCAGCACAAACGAAUGGGAUAGGACAUUUUUGACAUAAGGUCUAGUCAUGCUAUUAACAUGUUGAGCAUUGAGCAAAUUGAACUUUGAGCAAACGACUUAAAAGUGCUACAAUGUAUUUAAAAAAAAAAUAAAAAGAUAAUAAAAAUAAAAACUACAACAGCCUAAUAGGUAGAACUAGUAUGCAUAUAUCUAAAAAUAAAUAAAGUUAAAAAUUUUUUUAAAAAAAGGGGUUUUAAGCCUUUUUUAAAAGCAUCCACAGUCUGUGGUGCCCUCAGGUGGUCAGGGAGAGCGUUCCACAGACUGUUAAAUUUGUAUUCAUAACCAGCUCCAUAAAACAUUUAAUAACUUAAAAACUACAAUAGUUUGACCAAAAAUUAUAAAAAAAAGUUAUGAUUGCUACCACAAUAAUUACCGUUAAAUAGUAACUUAAAAAAAGUUCAAGCACAAAUGGAAACAUUUUGUAGCACAAACGAAUGGGACAAGUUUGGGGAGAAUUUGACAUAGUUAGGGUCGAUUUAUGAUUAAUGACACGUCAAGUUCAUGUUAAUAAUUUAAAAACUAUAAUAGUUAGACCAAAAAUUUUGCAGCAUAAAUAAACAGGACAAGUUUGGGGAGAUUUACAACGUUAGGGUUUAUUUAUGAUUAAUAACACGUUAAUAACUUAAAAACUAUAAUAGUUAGACCCAAAAAUUUAGCAGCAUAAAUAAAUAGGACAAUUUUGGGGAGAUUUUGACAUAGUUAGGGUCAAGUUAUGAUUAAUAACCCGUCAAGUACAUGUUAAUAAUUUAAAAACUAUAGUAGCUAGACCAAAACAUUUUGCAGCAUAAAUAAAUAGAACAAGUUUGGGGAGAUUUUGACAUAGGGUCGAUUUAUGAUUAAUAACACGUCAAGUAGAUGCUAAUAAUUUAAAAACUAUAAUAAUUAGACCAAAACAUUUUGCAGCAUAAAUAAAUAGGACAAGUUUGGGGAGAUUUUGACAUAGUUAGGGUCGAUUUAUGAUUAAUAACACGUCAAGUACAUGCUAAUAAUUUAAAAACUAUAAUAAUUAGACCAAAACAUUUUGCAGCAUAAAUAAACAGGACACGUUUGGGGAGAUUUUGACAUAGUUAGGGUCGAUUUAUGAUUAAUAACACGUCAAGUACAUGUUAAUAAUUUAAAAACUAUAAUAAUUAGACCAAAACAUUUUGCAGCAUAAAUAAACAGGACAAGUUUGGGGAGAUUUACAACGUUAGGGUUUAUUUAUGAUUAAUAACACGUUAAUAACUUAAAAACUAUAAUAGUUAGACCCAAAAAUUUAGCAGCAUAAAUAAAUAGGACAAUUUUGGGGAGAUUUUGACAUAGUUUGGGUCAAGUUAUGAUUAAUAACCCGCCAAGUACAUGUUAAUAAUUUAAAAACUAUAAUAGCUAGACCAAAACAUUUUGCAGCAUAAAUAAAUAGGACAAGUUUGGGGAGAUUUUGACAUAGUUAGGGUCGAUUUAUGAUUAAUAACACGUCAAGUACAUGCUAAUAAUUUAAAAACUUUAAUAAUCAGACCAAAACAUUUUGCAGCAUAAAUAAAUAGGUCAAGUUUGGGGAGAUUUACAACGUUAGGGUUUAUUUAUGUUUAAUAACACGUUAAUAACUUAAAAACUAUAAUAGUUAGACCCAAAAAUUUAGCAGCAUAAAUAAAUAGGACAAUUUUGGGGAGAUUUUGACAUAGUUAGGGUCAAGUUAUGAUUAAUAACCCGUCAAGUACAUGCUAAUAAUUUAAAAACUAUAAUAAUUAGACCAAAACAUUUUGCAGCAUAAAUAAAUAGGACAAGUUUGGGGAGAUUUUGACAUAGUUAGGGUCGAUUUAUGAUUAAUAACACGUCAAGUACAUGCUAAUAAUUUAAAAACUAUAAUAAUUAGACCAAAACAUUUUGCAGCAUAAAUAAAUAGAACAAGUUUGGGGAGAUUUUGACAUAGGGUCGAUUUAUGAUUAAUAACACGUCAAGUACAUGCUAAUAAUUUAAAAACUAUAAUAAUUAGACCAAAACAUUUUGCAGCAUAAAUAAAUAGGACACGUUUGGGGAGAUUUUGACAUAGUUAGGGUCGAUUUAUGAUUAAUAACACGUCAAGUACAUGCUAAUAAUUUAAAAACUAUAAUAAUUAGACCAAAACAUUUUGCAGCAUAAAUAAAUAGAACAAGUUUGGGGAGAUUUUGACAUAGUUAGGGUCGAUUUAUGAUUAAUAACACGUCAAGUACAUGCUAAUAAUUUAAAAACUAUAAUAAUUAGACCAAAACAUUUUGCAGUAUAAAUAAAUAGAACAAGUUUGGGGAGAUUUUGACAUAGUUAGGGUCGAUUUAUGAUUAAUAACACGUCAAGUACAUGCUAAUAAUUUAAAAAGUAUAAUAAUUAGACCAAAACAUUUUGCAGCAUAAAUAAAUAGGACACGUUUGGGGAGAUUUUGACAUAGUUAAGGUCGAUUUAUGAUUGAUAAAACAUUAAUAACUUAAAAACUACAAUAGUUAGACCAAACACUUUUGCAGCAUGAAUGAUUAGGACAAGUUUGUGGGGCCAACUUGACCCAGGUGCACUUUGGACACCCCUGGUCUGGUCCUUGAUUGACAACAGUCAUCACGAUGAAGUGUAGCAAACAAAGGUCAGCCAUGACACUUCCUCCUCCCAAAUAAGACAAAGGACACAGAACAGGAUCACCCAAAAGAAGUCCACCAGACACUGGAUUUGUGUUCUCGCCGGGACACGAGCGCCAUGAGGUUUUAUGUUACUGCGGUCGCCACGGUUACGGCAUCUCGAUGUUUACCAAGUCGCUGCUGCGUCUUUUCUCAACCGGUCUUUUUUUGUGUCUUUUAUGGACUGGUUAGGCACAUUUAACGGUAAGCACACACACACACGUGUCGGUUUUAUGGACACGCAUUGUCCCGUUAACUCCAUUUUCAUCUUCUAAUGUUAAGUGCCUGCCUGAUGCUUUCACGUUAUUUGCAGCGACAAUCACAUUUUUUUACUGUGACUUUUAAAAGACAAAAGCUCUUAUUUCUAGUUCAGAUUUGGCACUGAAAUGCCAUUAUUUCCUAAUAAAUGUUCCGACUUUU